AUGUCUGGUCGAGGAAAAAAACCCGGCGCGCCAAAAAAGAAAGCUAAUGGUUAUAAAAUGCCAGCACCUAUUCCAGUCGGGGAAGUGAUUCACGAUACAAUUACUAAAAAGAAAUGGCGAAUAGGCCCUUCUAUUGGUGUCGGCGGAUUUGGCGAAAUUUAUUCUGCAUGCGACCAUGAGGGUUCGCCUAAAAAUGGAAAUUAUCCGUUUGUGGUAAAAAUUGAACCACAUGAAAAUGGCCCACUCUUUGUGGAAAAACAUUUUUACAUUAGAAAUGCUAACAAGGAGGAUAUUGCAAAAUUCAUGAAGACUAAAAAAUUGUCCACCUUUGGCAUGCCUUCCUAUUAUGGCAACGGGUCACACGAUUUCAAAGGAGAGAAAUACAGAUAUCUUGUGCUAGAGAGGUACGGGAAAGACCUAUGGAGUUUGUUCAAAGAGUGUGGACGGUCUUUUCCUGCUGCAACUGUCUUCCAAAUAGGUUUACAAAUGUUAGAUGUCCUAGAAUAUAUACACAGCAAGGGUUAUGUCCAUGCUGAUAUAAAAGGUGCCAAUAUCCUUCUGGGGCUUAAGAAGGGCACAGAAAACCAGGCAUAUCUUGUGGAUUUUGGGUUGGCUACCAGAGUAAACGACAAGGAAUUUAAGCCAGACCCUAAGUGUGCACACAAUGGGACCAUAGAGUACACAAGCAGAGACGCUCACGCAGGAGUGGCCACAAUGCGUGGCGACUUGGAGAUCCUUGGCUACAACAUGCUUCAGUGGCUGGUGGGUGAAUUGCCUUGGGAGAAAUCUCUAAAACAACCUAACACAGUUCAAAACAUGAAGGAGGCUUUCAUGAAGAAUGUACGCACUGAAAUCACUAAGAAGUACCCCAAUGUACCUGAUGCAUUGAUCAAGUUCUUUGAAUAUGUUAACUCUUUAAAACCAAAAGAAGCUGUAGAUUAUGUAAAAUGUCGUCAACUAUUUGAAAGUUACCUUAAAAGUGAGGGCAAGACAAAGACUAGUAAACUGGAAUUCAAAAAUUCAACAAAGCGGAAAGCAAACAAUAAGAGACUGAGUAUAGCGGAUAGUGAGGUUGUUGACGGUGAAGAAACCGAUAAAGUAGAGGAAAAGAAAACUACGCCGAAGAGCAGUGCGAAAGGAGUGAGCCACGCCAAGAAAACAGUGAAAGCUGCUGAUGAAGCGACUGAAAAUUGUGAGAACGAAGAACCUGAUGAAGAGAAGAAAGUCAAAAAGCCAAGAAAAAAGGCAAUGAAAAGGAAAUCAUUGGAACCAUCACUAGUUAUCAAAGUAAAGAAAACUAGAAUGACUCCUAAGGCAACGCCUCCUGCUAAGAAGAACCACGCAAACAUAGCAACUCAAACAUCAGUAGAGAAACUCAGGCGGAGUCCUAGACAGGUGUCUUUUGAUAGCCCCAUUAGUAAAAUUAUAGGGAGUAAGUCAUUUAAUUCCAUAAAGGAUAAUGAGUCUGCUAAUUCCAGUGGAGAUAUAUUUGAUGAUUCAUUCACCAUUGAAGAGAAAAAAGUUAAACCAAAGAAGAGAUUACUAUCAGAUGAAGAGAUAACGGUUAAGAAGGUAGUUAAGAAGAAGGUGAUAGUAAAGAAAGGUAAAUCAUGGAAGGACAGUCCCACUGUUGUAAAUGGUAGAUCACCACCGAAGUCAUCUUAG